UUUUGAAAAACCAAUAGCAUAAUAAGAGAAAAUUGCAAAUUUCAAUGCAAGCCUCAGCUUUUGCAGUGAGACUUGUUUUUGCUCUUUAGUGAGCACAUAGUUACAUCAUUAAGAUAAUUGUAAACGUACCUCUUUCUAAUAAGAUGUGUGUUUGUUUUCUCAUUUGAACCACCUGGUCCAGCACUUAUACAAGCAUAUAAAAUCCCAGCUUGUAUUAUAUAUAAUGGCAACUAUUCAACGCCGUCUUUUUCACCAGACCAUCCGUAAUCUCAGUCAUGAGAAUCCACUUGGCCUACCCCGAACCGGCUCCAUCCCGCGCAUGCAACGCGGGCUCCCGGAGCGGCGCAAGAUCAAGGAUGUCGCAAAGGUGGUCGCUGUAUCAUCUGCGAAAGGUGGCGUAGGUAAAAGCACCGUUGCUGCGAACCUAUCGCUAGCUUUCGCAAGGAUGGGCUACCGCUCUGGGAUCCUCGACACUGAUAUCUUUGGGCCGUCCAUACCCACACUCUUUGACUUGAGCGGAGAGCCGCGACUAUCGGCUAAUAACCAGUUCUUGCCCAUGUCCAACUACGGCGUCAAAACUAUGUCUAUGGGUUAUUUAGUUGGCGAGGAUGCGCCUGUCGUAUGGCGUGGCCUCAUGGUUAUGAAGGCCCUCCAACAACUUCUCCACGAGGUCGACUGGGGCGGUCUCGACAUCCUAGUACUUGACCUACCACCUGGUACGGGAGAUACGCAGCUCAGCAUCACGCAGCAAAUCAUACUUGAUGGUUCUAUUAUCGUGACUACGCCGCAUACCCUUGCGGUAAAGGAUGCGGUUAAGGGAAUUAACAUGUUUAAAAAGGUAAAUGUCCCUUUGCUUGGCUUGGUACAAAACAUGUCACUCUUCAACUGCCCACAUUGCCACCACGAUACGACAAUUUUCGGAUCCAGCCAACGGGUUAAGGAGGUCUGCACGGAACAUUCCAUUGACCUACUCGGUGAUAUUCCAUUACAUCAGAACGUUGGUGACGACGGUCAAAGGGGGAAGCCAACCGUGGUCUCGGAACCUGAAAGUGAGAGAGCACGUGUCUUCAUGAAUAUUGCUAAGCUCGUGGCAUCAAAGGUGAACUUAUAAUAUCAGAACAUUAGGUUAGGUAGGUAGUUACCUAGGCAGUUAAGACACCAUGCCACAUACUAAAAAGCGGGUUAAGACAACACUUCUCCAGUUAGCCCAAAGUAAUACAAUCUAUCUCCCGCCUACAUUGUAACUAACUUGAUACUGAAUGACACAUAUCUACACGUAUGAUGUCAAACGCAUCAAGUGGCGGGAAGUUAGGCGAUCGGGUUCCUGUGACUACGAAACUUUAGCAAAUCAGC